UUCCCCCAAGCUGCUUCGGCUUCACAGUUCUUCAACCGGUCAAGCUGUUUCUUCGACGAUAACAAAACCCUAAAAUGCUUCAGCUUUUCCUUUGAAUUUUCGUGCUCGAAACUUCUAACUCUCGACCGUUGGUGUUUGAAUCCACUUCCAGUGAGGCUUGGAACUUGGAAGGACUUAUGCAGGAGUUGUUGAUGAGGUUUGUCUGUAGAGGCUAGUAUCUCGAAGACAACAGGAUGUGCAAGCUAUCUUUGGGUUUAGAGGAGGUUUUUGCCCCGGCUCAAUCCAUUACCUUUCUCAUUAUUGGCCUUUUGAAUCUGGUUAAAGGACAUAGCUGAGAUGAAUAAGAAUUGUCCUGUAAUCAAAUGGUUGGCAGAAUCAAAUCUUUGGGUUUAGAGGAGGUUUUUGCCCCAGCUCAAUCCAUUACCUUUCUCUUUAUUGACCUUUUGAAUCUGGUUAAAGGACAUAGCUGAGAUGAAUAAGAAUUGUCCCGUAAUCAAAUGGUUGGCGGAAUCAAAUCCCCAUGUGCUAGAUGAGCACAAGGAAGUAAGGAAUGGGGUUCUGGGUGAGGACCAAAGGCUUUUGGAAGAAGAUGAGUUGCAGAUUAAUGAGGAUGGGGAAGACAUUGAUGAUGGGCAAAUGGAAGGAGUCCAAGACAAUUCACAGCCCAAGGCUGUCUUGCAGAGGUUGCAGCAACAGCCUCAAGGGCCUCUGGUUCGCUGGGAGAGGUUUCUACCUGUUAGGUCUCUCGAGGUUCUACUAGUGGAAAAUGAUGAUUCGACUCGGCAUGUUGUCAGUGCAUUACUUCGGAAUUGUGGCUAUGAAGUUACAGCAGUAGAAAAUGGUCUGCAAGCUUGGAAAAUCUUAGAAGAUCUUACCACUCAUAUUGAUCUUGUUUUGAGUGAGGUAGCCAUGCCUUGGCUAUCAGGCAUUGACCUUUUAAGCAAGAUAAUGAGCCACAAAUCUCUCCAGAAUAUUCCUGUGAUUAUGAUGUCAUCCUAUGAUUCUAUGAAUAUAGUCUUUAAGUGCUUGUCGAAGGGUGCAUCUGACUUUUUAGCAAAGCCUAUUCGAAAGAAUGAGCUUAAAAAUCUUUGGCAGCAUGUUUGGAGGAAAUGCCACAGUUCUAGUGAUAGUCGAAGUGAAAGUGACGCACACACAAAAAAAUCCACCAAGUUGAAAUGUGGUGAAGCGUCAGACAAUACUGGCAGCAAUCAUGAAGAUGAUAUUGGAAGCAUUGGUUUGAAUGUUAUGGAUGGAAAUGACAAUGGAAGUGGCACUCAGAGCUCUUGGACAAAAAGGGCAAUAGAAGUUGACAGCCCGAAGCCAAUGUCACUAUGGGAACAGUUAGCUGAUCAUCCUGAUGGCACUUGUGCCCAGGUUAUUCAUUCAAGGACUGAAGCAUUUGGCAACAACUGGGUGCCCAAGAUCACGGCAACCGAGUGUGAAGGGCAGGAUAAUGAGCUUGACUUGGAGAUAGGAGUAUCUAGAAUUCCAUUGCAGCUUGAAGACCUAGGUGCAAAGGGGUUAUUGACGAACAUAGCCAUUACUGAUGGGCAAAAAAUUUCUGAAAUGAAAUCAAAGAAAGAUGAUGAGAAGCUGCAGAAAGGACAGGUGGAGCUCAACAGUGUGAAACCAAAUGGUGACUUGAGGAACAAAGUUGCUGAUCUAAUGGGUCUGACCACUAACAGUACAGAUCCUCAGAUAGAAAGUGUUGUUUGUGACAUCCCAAAUGGUAUCUCCAAGGUAUCUGACAUGAAAGUUAAGGCUCUCUUUGACAAUAAGGAAACGCCUUACCUCGAGCUCAGUUUGAAGAGGCUAAGAGAUGUUGGAGAUACUGGGACCAGUGCUCAUGACCGAAAUAUUUUGAGACAUUCAGAACUUUCAGCCUUCUCAAGGUAUAAUUCUGCUUCAAUCACUAAUCAGACUCCAAUCAGGAAUGAUGGUAGCUGUUCUCCUCUUGAUAAUAGCACAGAGGCAGCAAAAACUGAAUCAGUGCAAAAUUCCCAAUCUGACUCAAAUGGCACACGUUCCAAUCAGGCUUCUAAUGGCAGUAGUGACAACAAUGACAUGGGCUCCACUACUAAUAAUGUUUUUGCCAAACAAGUGGCAUUCAGUGACAUGCCAGUGCCCAAAUCUACAGUUAAAAGUCUCCAUCCCUCCUCUGCAUUCCAACCAGUGCAAAGUGGCCAUAUUUCUCCCCCUCAGCCUAUAAUACAAGGUAAGACUGAUGCUGCAAUAGCUAGCAUGGAUUUGUCACAAGAAAGACACAUCAACCAGCAGGUCCAAGUGCAGCACCACCAUCAUUAUUACCACCAUCACCACCACCAUGUGCAUGAUAACAUGCCCCAGAAGCAGCUAGCCAACCAUGAUGAUUUAUCUUUGAAACAGAUCACAACAGCAGCUCCACAUUGUGGGUCAUCAAAUUUGUUAAGUGAACCUUUUGAAGGCAAUGUUGGUAAUCACAGUUUGAAUGGAAGUGCUGCUGGAAGCAACCAUGGGAGCAAUGGGCAAAGUGGAAGCACCACAGAUAUAAAUGCUGGAGGAACAAACAUGGAAAGUGAUAACGGGGUAGCCGGAAAAGGAGGAGCAAGUGGUGUAAUUGGACUUGCAAGCAGGAGCGCAGAUGAUCCAAACCGUUCUGCACAAAGAGAGGCUGCUUUAAACAAAUUCCGCCAGAAGAGGAAAGAGAGAUGCUUUGAGAAGAAGGUCCGAUACCAGAGCAGGAAGGAACUGGCUGAACAAAGACCACGUGUUCGAGGACAAUUUGUCCGACAAAAACAAAAGCAAGGACAUGAAUUGCAAACCCGACUUGCCCCUGAUAGUGCAUAUUCAAUCUUCUAGAUGAGAUUGAUGCUAGUUAUGUACAGGAGAGGGAGCAAGUAACCAUUGUGAUUGAAGACCAAAUAGAUUAUGUGAGCACUCUACAAAGGGUGCUAACCUUGAAAAGGGUAGGCUUUCUCUAAUAAAACUCUUCAAUUAGGUGUGCAGUGUGCUGUUGUACUUAAAAGACUUUUUGACAUGAGUGGAAUCUUGAAGAACUCUUAUUUGCCUCUUUUUCUGAUUUUGAUUAAGUGGAUGCUUGAAGAACUCUUUCUUUUCUAUAUCCUUCUUUGCCUCUUAUGUGAGCCUUGAAGCAUUUCUGUUCUGAUGUUCUUUGAUGAAAUCGCGUUCUCUAAUAAUAGCAUGAAGGUUGGGUGGCUUUUUCUACCA